CCGAGAUUAUUUAGAGCUUCUGUUUCACUUCCGGUCACAACGUCAACUCCCCUUCUUUACCAAGUUUUUCAAUGAAAUAUUUAUUAAGAGGCUGUAAAAUGAGCUGAAAGAACACACACAACCAUGAUUAAGGCCAUCCUCGUAUUCAAUAAUCAUGGAAAGCCCAGGCUCUCCAAGUUUUACCAAUAUUUCCCAGAAGACGUUCAGCAGCAAAUUGUCCGUGAAACGUUUCAUCUGGUGUCUAAACGGGACGACAACGUGUGCAAUUUCCUAGAGGGAGGAAGAUUAAUAGGGGGCUCAGACUACAAAAUCAUCUACAGACAUUAUGCUACCUUGUUCUUUGUUUUCUGUGUGGAUUCAUCAGAGAGUGAGCUAGGAAUUCUAGACCUGAUACAGGUGUUUGUGGAAACGCUAGACAAGUGUUUUGAAAAUGUCUGUGAGCUGGAUCUCAUUUUUCAUGUGGACAAGGUACAUAACAUUCUAUCAGAGCUGGUGAUGGGGGGCAUGGUCCUAGAAACCAACAUGUCAGAAAUUCUCACCAGAAUAGAGGAACAGAGUAAACUGGAGAAAUCAGAGGCUGGUAUAACAGCUGCUCCAGCUAGGGCUGUGUCAGCAAUGAAGGACAUGAACCUUCCACAGAAAAUAAAAGACAUUAAGUUACCAGAUCUCCCCAACAUUCUCAAAAACUGAACU